GUUCGUUUGAUUGACACAGAAUCACAUUAUCUUCUUCACACACACACACACACUAUUGAUACUACUUAUUAUUGUAAUAGAGAACAUUAACAUUACAAUUGUGAACAGUGAUUGUUCAUUACGAUUCAUCACUUGGAUGUGAUGUGGAAUACACAAGGAAUAAAUCAAUCAUAUUGAAUAGAAAGCAUCAAAGUAACCACUUCCAAAUACCACUCCACUGACAUUCACAUUCACGGAAUUUUUGCAAACUCACUAUUCACUCGUUUCUUAUAUCAUGUCAUGUAAUAAUACACUUCCAUCAAACAUCUUCUCCAAUCAUCAUCAAUUCAUGCAAAUGUAUGAUAGUCACGAUGAUAACAUUAAUAAUCAUAAUAAUAACAUUACCCAUUCAACAUCCAACUGGUUUAUACCACAAACUACACAAAUGAUCUCAUCGGUAUUACCCAUUCCCAAUUCUACCUUUUCUACAUCUCUGAUUCACACCAUGGAUAAUCACAGUUAUUCUCAUUCAUGUUCCUUGCAAACAGAUCCAUUCAGUCUACCAUUCGAAACAUCACCUCUUCAUCCAAAUACUAUUCAUCAUUACAAUGAGAAUUAUAAUCGACAUCUUCAUUCUGGUGUACAACAGUACAACUCCUUGUUCAAUCCAUAUCACAAUUACAUCAAUCGAUGGAACAAUGUACAGAUGAAUAAUGUCAAUCCUCCUGUAGAAGAUGCCACACUGAAUGUGACCAAAACGAUGAGAUUACAUCGUAAUCAUCAUUCACAACGUCGUCAACAUCAUCGUCAUCAUAACAAUCACCAUCGCCAUAACCAUCAACAACUACAACAACAACAACAGUUCCAGUCUCACAAUAUCAAACCAUGUGAUCUGAUCACAGAAGAUGAACCGAAACCGAAUUUCAGUUAUAUUGGAUUGAUUGCAAAGGCCAUACUCAGUACACAAGAAAGACGAAUGAUAUUAUCGGAUAUCUAUCAAUGGAUUCAACUACGUUAUCCAUAUUUCAGUACACGUGGACCAGGAUGGCGUAAUUCCAUUCGACACAAUUUGUCAUUGAAUGAUUGUUUCAUUAAAGUUGGUAGAGCUGCAAAUGGGAAAGGACAUUAUUGGGGAAUUCAUCCAGCCAACUUGAAAGACUUUCUCAGUGGUGAUUUCAGAAGACGUAGAGCACAACGCAAAGUACGUCGUGCGUUAGGAUUGAGUCGACCUGACGAUAAAAUUGAUGAUGAUGAUGAUGACGAUGAUGGUGAAUUUGGUGUUGGUGGUGAUGGUGAAGGUGAUUGUGGUGACGAUGUUAGUGGUAAUCGAGGUUUUGACCAUGACUCACCACCACUCAAUCAUCCACUCAAUCAUCCAUUCAUUCCACAACUCUUCCAAUGUCUACAUCCACAUAUACCCACAUAUCAACUGAUCAGCUCAGCAGUCACACCGAAUUCAUCUACAACACUCACAGCACACAAACACACAUUCAAUACUAAAUCAUCUAAUCGACUAAAUACAUCAAUACCACUCACAAACACAAACAUAUUUACACUUGAUCAAUUGACCGAUUCUACAAACAACCAAUACACAAACAAUUCAUCAAACAUCACAUCCCCUCUCCCAUUCAAUACAUCACCUGUCCCACACAUUUACAGUUCACACCUACUACCUCACCAAACAUCGAUGAAUGCAUCAUCAACAAGUCGAAUGAGCUAUUCCAAUGAAUUCAAACAAUCAACCCAAUCAGUGAACACCGCCAAUCAACUAUGGAAAUCGAGUUGCAUCAAUGACACAUUGAUGGAUCUCUUCUACAUCAAUUUGGUGCAUUUACUCAAAAAUCAUCAUUCAUCCGCUCAAACUGACAUGAAUGAUACAUGCACAUCAGACGAGUCUCUAUUAUUGGUUCCACAUUCAACUGCAAUUAACACUCAUUCUACCACUACCACUACUACUACUACUACUACUACUACUACUACUACUACUACUACUACUACUACUACUACCACUACUACUACCAAUAAUAAUAAUAAAAAUAAUAAUAAUAAUAAUAAUAACAAUAAUACACAUACGCCCACUACUACUAAUACUAAUACUACCAGUAACACUACUCAUACAACGAAUACUGGGAUUCCUGUCAGUAUUCCUAUCACUGAUCAUAAACCAGUUAACUGUCAAAAUGUAAAUUCAUCAGGUUCUUCACUCGAUCCUGUGUUCCCCAAAUCUCAUCCACUCUCCACUCAACAUCCAGUCAAUGUUAGUUUCAAUGUGAUCAACUUGAUUGAUCAUAAACUCAAUCAUCACAGUGAUGCUCAUCAUGAUCAUAUUGAUGAUGAUCAUGAUGAUGAGGGUGAUGAUGAGGGUGUUGUAAAUAAUGGUGGUCAAACCUCCAAACUGGUGACUUCAACAACAUUCACAAUCAAUCAAUCAGUGGAUCAAACAUUAUCCAGUUCAAAUGUAUCUGAUUCAUUUCAUAGUUUAGAUAAUCCAUUAGAUUAUACAUUAUGUAAAUAAACAAUUUGAUAGUGUUCACUAUUUUGCAUUGUGUACAAACUUUUUUUAAAUUAUUUUUCUUUACUGUUUUAGUAUCGAUUAUUCAUCGAUUUAUAUUAAUUGAUCAUUUGUAUCCGAUGGAAACGACUGUUCAUUAUUGACAAAUAACAUUUUAUAUAGUUGAGAUCAUGAA